AUGCUAAUAAUUUUUUAUUAUUAUAAAUUAUUAAUUUCUAUAAUUUUAAUAUUAUUAUUUGUAUCUUUAAUUUUAUCUGAAAAAAAAAAAAAUUUAAUUAAUGAAAAGUUAGAAUGGGAUGAAAGUUAUGAUUAUAUUAGAGAAAAAAAAUCAAUAUUAGAAAGUCCAAAAUAUAGAUGGGAACUUCCAAUAAAUUAUACAAUAAAAGAUAAUUUAGAUGAGUUAGAAAUUUUAAAAGCAUUAAAUGAUAUUGAAAAAAAAACAUGUAUAAGAUUUAAUAGAGUUAAUCAAUUAAUAGGAACAGGAUUAGAAUAUAUAAAUGGAUCUGAAUGUAUGUCUAUUGUAGGAAAAAGUAAAAGAUUAAUACCACAAAAUAUAACUAUUGGACCAGAUUGUAAUAAGAAAGGUGGAAUUCAACAUGAGACAGCUCAUGCUUUAGGAUUACUUCAUGAAAUGUCACGAAAAGAUAGAGAUAGAUAUUUAGAAAUUUUAGAAGAAAAUAUAUCACCAGAAGUUUAUGUUAAUUUUAAAAUAUUUUUAAAAUAUAAAACAAAAAAUUAUGGAGUAAAUUUUAAUUAUGGUUCAUGUAUGUUGUAUGAUAGAUUUGCUGGUUCAAAAAAUGAUAAACCAGCAACAAAAGCAAAAAAACCAUACUAUUCAAAAACAAUGGGACAAUUAUACCAAUUAUCUUUUACAGAUGUUAAAAUUUUAAAUAAACAUUAUUGUAAAAAUAAAUGUAAAAAUAAAAAUAAAUGUAAAAAUAAUGGUUAUCAAAAUCCAAAUAAUUGUUCUGUGUGUUUAUGUCCAAGAUUUUUUAAUGGAACGUCAUGUGAAAAAAUAUGGACUUUUCAAUCAAAUUGUGGAAAAUUAUUAUUAAAAUCUGAAUAUAAAUUUAAAACAUUAAGAAUAAGUGGAUUAAAAAGAUGUUUAUAUAAAAUAGAAUCUCCAAAAAAGAAAAAAAUUAAACUUCAUAUUAAAUAUAGUAAAUUAAUUCCAGGAGAACAAUGUAAUCACUAUACUGGUGUAGAAAUCAAAUAUUUAAAUGAUAAAAGUGUUUCAGGAGCAUUAUUUUGUGGAAAUUUAAAAAAUGCUGUUAUAAAAUCUUCUGGAAAUAUUGUAUAUUUAUUAUAUGUUGGAUUAAGAAAAUCACAUAAAUUCGUAAUGAAUUACAAAACUAUUUAA